ACUCUUUGUAUGGGUGGAAAUGGGCUUAAAAUAUCUUGUGAACAAAUAAGGGUUUAGGGGUUCCAAUGUAUUAAUUUCUGAGGCGGCAAAAAACAGCGAGGCCCUGGAUAUUUUAACUCGAAUAAAAACAUUUCCCUCUUUCAAGCCUCUCAAUAUACAUACACUGAAAACCUCAUUUUACAGGCUCUUAGCCAUUUUUGUGGGAUUAUCGUUCAGAGGCUUUGAUAAGAAAGCAAGAAAAUCUUGGAUACAAUGUGUUUAGGUUUUCGGGCGAUUUGUUGAUGGGAUUACCCUGUUGAAAGCGAAGUUCCUUUCUUUUCGCUUGCAAUAAGUAGGAGUUUAAAGAAUGGUGAGGUUAACGGCAGAUUUAAUAUCGAAGUGCCCUCAGUAUUUCAAUGCCGUUCGUGAACGAGAGCUUGACCUACGUGGCAAUAAAAUUGCUGUUAUUGAGAACUUGGGAGCAACUGAGGACCAAUUUGACAGCAUAGAUAUUUCAGACAAUGAAAUUGUCAAGCUCGAAAAUUUUCCAUAUCUGAAACGGCUGACAACAUUAUUAAUAAACAACAACCGUAUUGCUCGCAUUAACCCCAAUGUUGGAGAAUUUUUGCCGAAACUUCACACGCUGAUUCUUACAAAUAACCGCCUUGUGAACUUGGUUGACCUUGAUCCACUUGCAACACUUACGAAUUUGCAGACACUUAGCCUUCUGGAUAAUAUUGUUACAAAGAAACCAAACUAUCGCUUUUAUGCUAUAAACAAGCUGAAGAAGCUGCGACUACUUGACUUCAGAAAAAUAAAGCAAAAGGAAAGGCUGGAAGCUGAAAAGUUCUUUGCAUCAAAGGAAGCUGAGGAGGAUGCUAAGAGAGAACCAGUAAAAACAUUUACUCCUGGUGAGGUUCCCAUGGUGACAGAGGCACCAAGUGAACAGCAGGCACCAAAAGCUGUUCCUCCUACACCAGAGCAAAUCUUAGCUAUCAAGGCUGCAAUUGCAAACUCUCAAACGCUUCAAGAAGUUGCUACUCUUGAAAAGGCCUUGAAGUCCGGCCAGUUACCUGCAGAUUUGAAAAUCUCUGAUGAUGACAUGAAAAUAGAGCCCAGUAAGACUGAACCUGUUGAAAACACUGUGGAGGAUCAAACAAAAAUUCCCGAGAUUCAAAAUCAAAGUGCUGAGAAGGCAGUUGAGAUCAUUGAGAAGACUGAUACUGAUCAUCCAAUGCAGACUGCAGAAAAAACUACUGAGAGUACUGACAACCCAACAGAGAGUACUGACAACCCAGUGGAGAAAAAUGAAGAUACUGUAAUGGAAGAGCUCGUGUUCAGAGAGGAGAAUAAUGGAGAAGUUGUCUUACAAGAAGGGUAUUGUGGUGAAGCUGUUGUAUUUGGCAUAAUUCUAGACCAAGAGGGUUGAUGGCAGAUUGUUGUAGUACCUCUAGAUCUAGAUCUAUUGGAGCCAAUAGUUACUUAAGGCGAUUUUCAAUGAAUGAAGAUGGAAUUUGUAUCCAGAUUAUCUAUCUAGAUAAAUAGAUAGCACUACAGCUCAAAGUUUCUUGGUUGAUGUGGUGAAACUACUAAUGGCAUUGCAGCUGCUGCCAAAGUUUGUUGGUUGAUUGUGGUGAACCCACUUGUGGACAUGAUUAUCAUUUACAUGUGAUAAAAGCACUUUAUUAUCAUGUGGACAGGUGAACAUUUGAAAGUUGUCUUUGAGGAGAGUGCUGAUGGAACUCAACAUUUUCAUAUUAAGGGUGCUACAAUACGAAUGCUUGAUUUUAGAUAAAUAAUCCAAGUGUUACUUUAUGUUAAUGAUCCAACACCAUGUGUUUACUGGUUUACACUAUAUGUUAGUAAAUCAGGGUUGUUUUCAAGAUAUUGCCACUUUAGAACCAUAUGAUUAAGUUGUAUGUAUUCAUAUGACUUCUGCUGAAAUAUACACUUGUGUUUUGGAUAUUUGAAAGUGAUUUCAUGACUCUCUUGUAUCUUUGAAUAAACAGCAGUACCUCCUCUGGAUCUCAUAUCAUGUUUUGGAUAUAUGAAAAGUGAUUCAAUGACU